AUGCUUCUGGACGCGGGGCCGCAGUUCCCGGCCAUCGGGGUGGGCAGCUUCGCGCGCCACCACCAUCACUCGGCCGCGGCGGCGGCGGCGGCGGCUGCCGAGAUGCAGGACCGCGAGCUGAGCCUGGCGGCAGCUCAGAACGGCUUCGUGGACUCAGCCGCGGCGCACAUGGGCGCCUUCAAGCUCAACCCCGGAGCGCACGAACUGUCUCCUGGUCAGAGUUCGGCGUUCACGUCGCAAGGUCCGGGCGCAUACCCGGGCUCGGCUGCAGCUGCCGCUGCGGCCGCGGCACUGGGGCCCCACGCCGCCCACGUUGGCUCCUAUUCCGGGCCUCCCUUUAAUUCCACCCGGGACUUCCUGUUCCGCAGCCGCGGCUUCGGGGACUCGGCGCCAGGAGGCGGCCAGCAUGGGCUCUUCGGACCGGGCGCGGGCGGCCUGCACCACGCGCACUCGGACGCACAGGGCCACCUCCUCUUCCCGGGCCUCCCGGAGCAGCACGGGCCGCACGGCUCGCAGAACGUGCUCAACGGGCAAAUGCGCCUGGGGCUGCCGGGCGAAGUGUUCGGGCGCUCGGAGCAAUACCGCCAAGUGGCCAGCCCGCGGACCGACCCCUACUCGGCGGCGCAACUCCACAAUCAGUACGGCCCCAUGAAUAUGAACAUGGGGAUGAACAUGGCAGCGGCCGCAGCCCACCACCACCACCAUCACCACCACCCUGGUGCCUUUUUCCGCUACAUGCGGCAGCAGUGCAUCAAGCAGGAGCUCAUCUGCAAGUGGAUUGAUCCGGAGCAGUUAAGCAAUCCCAAGAAAAGCUGCAACAAAACUUUCAGCACCAUGCAUGAGCUGGUGACCCACGUCUCCGUGGAGCACGUCGGCGGCCCGGAGCAGAGCAACCACGUCUGCUUCUGGGAGGAGUGUCCACGCGAGGGCAAGCCCUUCAAGGCCAAAUACAAACUGGUCAACCACAUCCGUGUGCACACCGGCGAGAAACCCUUCCCCUGCCCGUUCCCGGGCUGCGGCAAGGUCUUCGCGCGCUCCGAGAACCUCAAGAUCCACAAAAGGACCCACACAGGGGAGAAACCUUUCCAGUGUGAGUUCGAGGGCUGUGACCGGCGCUUCGCCAACAGCAGCGACAGGAAGAAGCACAUGCAUGUCCACACCUCAGAUAAGCCCUAUCUCUGCAAGAUGUGCGACAAGUCCUACACGCACCCUAGCUCGUUGCGGAAGCACAUGAAGGUCCAUGAGUCCUCCCCUCAGGGCUCCGAGUCCUCCCCGGCUGCCAGCUCUGGCUACGAGUCAUCCACGCCCCCGGGGUUGGUGUCCCCCAGCGCAGAGCCGCAAAGCAGCUCCAACCUGUCCCCGGCAGCGGCGGCGGCGGCAGCAGCAGCUGCAGCGGCGGCGGCCGCGGUGUCCGCAGUGCACCGAGGCGCGGGCUCUGGCAGCAGCGGCUCCGGAGGCGGCUCAGCCACAGGCAGCGGCGGGGGCGGCGGGGCGGGCGGCGGGGGCGGCGGGAGCUCUGGAGGGGGCAGCGGGACAGCCGGAGGCCAUAGCGGCCUCUCCUCCAACUUCAAUGAAUGGUACGUGUGA